AUGCCAGAUGAUGAUUAUUUUGAGGGAUAUCUCAAUCUCCAGGAUGAUUCAAUCAAUUUCUAUAGUUACUUAUUUGUAUUUAACGAAUUGAUUGAAACUGCACAUAUGUAUGAUUGUUAUAAACAAGCUAAGCAUUCCAUCAAGAAUGGUUGUUUUGAAGACUAUAAGAUAAUACAUGAUAACAUCUUUAGCAAGAUACAAGCGAAAUAUGUCUCAUAUCAACAUACUGAACAAAUACUAGGAAANCAUCAAGAAUGGUUGUUUUGA